AUGAUGGAGGAAGUCACCUUCGAGUGUGACCUGAUUCAUUCCAUAUUGAAGCGCUUUUGGACGCUACGAGCGCUUGAACGGGAAAAUUUUGAAGCUAACGACGCUCCGGAUUCCGAGCUAGGAGUUGGAACAUCCAAGAAGAAUCGGACAACUUCUGCUAAUGGCAAUGCUCUGAAGCUUACUUGCGAACUUCUCCGGGUUUUUAUCACAGAGGCUGUUCAACGCGCUGCUGCUAUUGCAGAAGCUGAGGGUGCUAGUCAAAUAGAACCAACUCAUUUGGAGAUUAUUCUUCCUCAGUUACUUUUAGAUUUCUAA